GCUCUCAAAGCGCAACGGGACCGCGUGUUCGUUUCAUGAAACUCGCGCUUCAACCGCGUUUCUCUAAACGACGGAUGUAUCCCACGACUCUACCAACAGGCAAAAUGAUAUCGGUGGCAUAUAUGUGGUGAUCUUCCUCAGAGAAUCUCACUAGCUUCGCAAUGUCUCAACUAGCAGCAGCGCUCCCUUACAACCCAUCUUAUGGUCUUUUUGGCAUGGCCAUGGGACAGCAUACGACUCUGACAUCAAGUCUGUGUGAGGGGUGUCAUAAGAAACCCAAGCGCGCUCACUAUGAUUAUUGUUCCAAGACCUGCGGCGUUCGCGACUUAUGCGAGUAUUGUCACAAGCGCCGAAAAUUCGUCGACGGAGCCAGGAAGCACCAGUAUUGUGGAAGAAGUUGCGCCGAUUCCGCAAUGGCAACAGCGAGCUUGGGCAACGUGUCGAAUUCAACGGCGCCAUCGUCGACUAAUGCUACUAAUCAGACGCAUUCGAAGCCCAAGACUGACUGUCUUCGAUGUCACAAGGCCCCGAAGCUGAGCGACUCGCCGUUCUGUGGCCAAGCAUGCGAAGAUGCGGUAGGGUGGAAUGCGCCUACUAUUAUAGACGUCCCUCAUGACCAUUUGAUGUUCAAGAAUGUCCAGCAUCAAUUCCAAUUGGGUUGGCGACAUAAUACUCGCUGUCCUCCGGUCAGAAAGAUAUACAAGAUCAUUUUGAAAGCAGAUAUAUCUCAGAAGUACCAGCAAUAUCGUGAUGACGUCGAAAAGGCGGGAAAUUUCAAGAGCGAUCCCAAUCUGACAGCCGGCAAUGAGAAACGCCGCUGGCAUGGUACUAGGAAGGACUGCAGUCUCGGAGACCCCAACUCGAAACAAGGCACCGCCUUAUGCAACGCGCCGUCGUGUAGUUUGUGUAGUAUCAUCCGCGAAUCUUUCAACAUCAAUCAAUGGGGGAAGAAUACGGGCUGGGGGAGAUUCGGAAAGGGAAUUUAUACCUCGGCCACAUCAUCAAAGGCGAACGAUUACAUCCAUAACAAUGGACCCUCUGAUUACCGUGCCGUGUUGCUCAACAAUAUCGUGGUGGGAAAGGGACGCAAGCUGCGACAAGACGAUCCCACCCUUACGCAGGCGCCUGCGGGCUUCGACUCUGUUCUUGGGGAGCGAGGAGGUAGUCUCAACCACGAUGAAUUGGUCGUCUACAAAGGUGAAGCGAUCAAGCCUUCUUACAUGGUUGUUUAUGACGGCUAGAGUAAUCGAGUGAUCUAUGCACAUUUUGGCCAACGUCCAUAUCAUGUCGUAUAUUACUAUUUUAAUGGAAUUUGCAUAUGAAAGAUGCUCGUGAAGAAGAAACAAAUCAAAAAUAUAUAUAGAAAUCAGAGUAGUUCAUUGAGGUGUGU